AUGGGCUCUUCGUGACUGACUACUUCACCCACGCACCACGCAAGCUCAGCCCCUUCCGCUCCUUUGCCAGCAUCGAGCUCUUCCACUUCCACAUCCCCGAGGACACGGUCAUCGCUGUCUGGAACCUCAUCACCUUCAAGGAGCAGGGUGGCACCUUCGGGGACCAAUGCCCAGACCAUAGCAUCACUGUGUAUUUCCGCUCAGGGGCUCCCUCCGUCAUUAACCCGCUGCACAUGCACUUCCCCAGGGACACAGCUGUCCCUGGCUCCUUCACACUGACCCUCACCUGGACCCUGCCCAACCGCACCACGGGGGUGUUCAAUGUCACCAGCCCACUGCCCGGGGACUGGUUCCUGGCUGCCCACCUGCCCAAAGAUGAGGGCAAGAUCUCUGUCAAGGGGCUCUACAAGGAGUGCCAGUAUCUCUUCCAGCCACAGCUCAUUGUGCAGCGCCUGGUGAACAUUGCUGUGCUGUACCCCGGUUAUGUCACCAAGCAGAGCAUGGCCCCCCACAACCACUCCUGCCUCUACAAGAUGUUCGUGCCCAGCUACACAUCACGCAUUCUGGUGGAGGUGCUGCGGUGCCGCGGGGCUGAGGGCUGCCCACUCUGGCUGCGCAUGCGGGCCAAGGCUCCCCCCCUGCACAACUCCACAUCACUGGACUGCUGGGAGCAUGCUCCCUGCCAGCUGGCACUGGACCUGCCCUUCUGGCAGCACUGGUACUACGUGCUGGUGGAGAAACACGCUGGGGUGCCGGGCACUGUUUCCUUCCAGGUCACCAUGCAGCUCACAGACUUCUACAUCUUCUUUGGGCCCAACGUGUCAGUGCCACCUGAUCGCCCCGCUGUCUUCGUCAUCAACCUACUACCAGUGCUGGAUAAUGGUGGGGUGCUCAACUUGGAGCUGCAGCUCAAUGUGAGCUCCCUGUGUGGUGAGAACGCGACAGUGUUCGGGUGUCUGAACCAUGAAGUCCCACUGAUGUCCAUUGACAAUGCAUCAGUCACCUGUGAGACGGAGUCCCUGUCAGGCUUCCUGCUCUCUGUCAAUGCCACAGCCAGCCUCAGCCACCUGCGGAUUCCCUACCCCCAGACGGGCAGCUGGUUCCUGAGCCUGCGCUCACUCUGUGCCACGGAGCAUGG